UCCUAGACAUAGGCUCCUCCCCGUUCCUCCCGACAUGCCUUGGGAAUUGACGACUCUUUUCCGCCGGCUGGGAAGAUGGCAGCUCCCGUUGAGGCAGUUCAGCCACUGGUGCAGUAUUUGGUUCUGAGAGGGGACUUGGCGCGGGCUCCAUUUUCAUGGCCGUUAGGCGCGCUGGUGGCGCAGGGGUGUCAUGCGGCCGUCGCAGCCCUUCACGCCCACCGCGACCACCCAAAAACGGCUGCUUAUCUCCAGGAUCUGGGGAGCAUGCGCAAAGUGGUGCUUGAGGCUCCAGAUGAGGUUGCUUUGAUGACACUGGCUGAAACCCUAAAACAGAACAACGUUGACUAUAUAUUGUGGCUGGAGCAGCCAGAGAACAUUGCUACCUGUAUAGCUCUUCGGCCUUACUUCAAAGGAGAAGUUAACACAUAUUUAAGGAAAUUCAAGCUAUUGAAAUAAUCCUGUGUCAGAACUGUUUUGGACAAAUGGGACCUAGAAAGUGCGUGAUAUCCAUCUCUUGGCAUCUCUGCAAAAACUGCAUCAGUAACUCAAUGAUAGAUUCCCACAUUUGCCCUUAGUACUGGCAGUUUCUUUAGGGGGUACUUGCAAGCAAAUUGAUUUUCUAGUAAAUUUCAACUAAUAAACAAUUCCUCUUUCUUUGAAGGUAGGAAAGAUGAAUAACACCGGGCUUCUGCUAGUCACUUUGUGACUUGAUCAGGUGCUUAUUAACUCAGGACUCUCUGGCUGGGUGGCCUUUCAACACAUUUUUAGAGUUUGAUAUGAGUAACUGUUAUUCUAGGAAAAGAAAGGAUUGUCUCUAGUCUUAUUUUUCAAAUUAUAGCUGAUUGUGAUAUGAUAUUAUAAUAUGAGGAUAACUGAUUCAUGUAGUACUUUUAAUAUUUCAAGUCAGAUCACAGGAUUUAGAGUUAAAAGUUAACUUAGAACUCAACUAGUUCAAGAGAUCUUACUCCCUUUUCCCCCACUAUGGAAAAGUCUGAAGCUUGCAGACCCUUCCUCAGAUUGUUUUUAAAUGCAUAAAAAUAUACAAGAUUACAAAUGAAACCAAGUAUAUUCAAAUAUAAUUAAUCACUUGUUUAAAAGUCCAUGAAUUCAACUGAUCUGAUCCAACUCUGACAUUUUAUAUACGAGUUUAUACUAGUAAUUUUAUAUACUAGUCAGACUACUAGUCUGAGAAUUUAGGUAACUUUACAAAGUUACAUAGUAAUAUCCCAAAUUCAAACUGAGGUCCUCUGAAGGCAGAUAUGUUUUUCCGCACUCUCCUACGUGCUUUCAUUUGCAUUUUCAUUGAUUUGGCUCUUUGUUGACAGAAAUUGCAUGUACUUACCCUCUCAAUAGAGGACUCCCAAAUAUAAUUUAACAGUUAUGUUCUUGAGUUGUUUAUUUUCAGCUGCCACUGUGUAUAUUGUAGAUAAAUAUUUUAUUGAUGCUUUCUAAAAACACCCUCUCAUCCCCAGCUCUCGGAGCACCUUCUUUUGUAAAAUGAUCACAUUGUCCAUUUCUGACAAACUGUUCUUUCUGCACGAAAGGUGGAAGCAGGAUAAAAUUGAACUUGUAACAGGAUCAGGAUAACUAGAGAGGAAAGGGGGCCAGAGCAAGGAUGGAAAAGCAGAAUAGAGUGACUGGAAGUUAGUAAGUGGGAAAAGACUUAAGUUGUGGUCAAUGGAAUUUCUGCAUUGGGAAGAUCUAGGGUAAGCCUAUUUCUGUCACUCUAUUGACAAGCACUUACUGCUUAUUCAUUCCUUUGCUGCAUGUCAAGUGCUAUUCUAAGCAAUGAGGGAAUUAAGUCAUAGUCAAGGAGUUCUCCUAAUUAGAGGAGAUAAUAUGUAAAACAUUAAGUUGACACACAAGGUACAGUACAAAUGUAUAGUAUAGAUCAUAUAAACAUUGUUGACACAAGGUAUUUUCAGAGGGAGAGCACUAAUGAAGGGGUGGUGGAGAUUACCACUAGGAGGGAGGGGUUGGGAGAUAACUAGGAAAGGAUACACAAGGUGAAAUUUGAGCUGAAUCUUGAAGGAACUUGAAGGAGAGCUCAGAGACAGAAGGAAAGACAAUGAAACAGCAAGACUAAUACUGCUAGUUUUUAGACUACUUGGAUGGAAAGAAAAUGUAAAGACUAGAAAGUUAGGAAGGGACCAGGUUGUAAUGAAAAACUUUAAAAGUUAAGCAAAAUUUUAUUGACUGGAGUUUAUUGAAUAGGGAAGAAUAAUAUUGUCAAACUUAAGCUUUUAAAAGUAAAAUAAUUUUGGCAGCCUAGUUGAGGUUGCUGUAGGAUGGGGAGAGACUUAAAAGCCAAGAGACUAACCAGCAAAUUGUUUUAAUAGUUUAGGCAUGAGAUGAUGAGAGCAUUCACCAAAAUGGUGGCUGUAUGAGUGGAAAGGAGAUGGAUGGACCUUUGAAAUGUUGCAAAGGUAGAAACAAGACUUAGCAACAGAUUGGAGAAAGAUUGGGUGAGUGAGAGAUGUUGAGGAUACACUGAUGUGAAUCUGCUUGACAUGGAUAUGGUGCUGCUCUCAAUAGGAAAGUUUAGGAAAGGGGAUAUGUUAAGUUUGAGAUGCCCAUGAGUAUGGCUAAGGUUGAAGAUACAGGUCAUGGUAGAUGACGAACUAGUAUGUCAGGAUGUUUGAGGGAACAUCAAUAUAUAUUGAAGAUCCUGAAUGUAAGGGAAGGGUUUAGGGUGGAGAAGAUAGGGAGAGUUCUUCAAAGGAAAGAGUUCUUUUAAAAUGGCAUAUACUGUCAAUGAGGUCUUAAUAUACCUGGAUGGAGUCAGUCUGCAGAGAGGGAAAAUUGCCAAAUGAUAAUGCUAGAGGAAGGGUCUAAAGUGCAGUGAGGAAGAAAGAGUAAGUUUACUUGUUUGGUCAGUUGGUGUCAGGACAGGAGGAAAAAGUGCAUAUAAUACUGGAGAAGGUAUCUGAAGCUGGGAUUGGAACUUAGGAAGAUAAAUCUUCCUGACCCCUGGCUCAGCACUCUUAUCUACAGGAUCACAUAGCUGCACCCAAAAGAUGUCAUUUAUUCAUUUGGUUAGUCCCUGCAUCUUAUCACUCAGAACUUGUUACUCUGUUGGCAGUGUCCCUCCUGGUACUCUCGAUUGAUUAUAAGAGACAUUUUGGCUUGCUGAUCUUUGACUAGAAAUAAGGUGGGAAUAAUGCUCUCUUUAUAAUAUCAAAAAGUAAGGAAUUUCUCCAGUGAUGAAUUUACAGGAGAAAAUGGAUAGGAACUGUACAGAAUGGUUAGGCUUACAUUGUGUUAUAUAGUUUGCUGCACUGGAAAGGUAGGAUAAUAGAUCUGAGUGUCUGAAAACAAGGGGACAUUGUUUCCUAUUAAUUUGGCCCACUUAAAAAAGUUCUUCAGCACCCCUGGGGGUAUCAUCAGUAGGAGGACAGCAUUCUUUGUGUAUUGUCUGAAGAAAUUAUUAGUAAUGCACAUGAAACAUAUAUUUAAGUUCCUAUGUCCUAGGAAAAGCGAUUUCAGACUCAUGAAAUGACCCUAAAUGAAGUUAGUUUCUUAGUUAUUUUCUCUGAAUAAAAAAUAGGGGUGGAAGUUAUACCAAAUGUACUUUAUUGUGAUAGAGCUGAUCUCUUCAAUAGAGAUGUCACUUAGAAUAUAAUAUAAGAUCACUAAUUUAGGUGUCUUUUUUUUGCAGCAGUCUUUUUCUCUUUGUUGCAUUAGAGAGUGCAUUAUUAAACAGUUGCCUUGGAGCAGGUCUAGGGACACAGUCCUCAAAGAUUCAGACCGAGUUGUAGGACAUCAUCUCUUUAAAGCAAAAGAUUACUCCCCUCAACCUUUUCCCAUCUCUGCCCUCCAUCUCUCAAACGUAGACCCUGCUAAUCACAUGGAUACUUAGCUUCUUGAAACCAUAAAGUCUUCCUUUGGUUCCUACAAAUGCUUGUCUUUAUUAAAUGUUAUUUUCUGUAA